UCACGGCUUCGUUCACGCAACGUCAACAUAAUGAAUAAACAACGCCGCGCCAAUCCUUCAACCGCCCUUUAAAAUCGGCCGUUUAUUUUCCUCGUCCACUCGUUUCGCUUCUCUCUGUCUCUGUUUUGUCCCUGUCUCCAUUUUAUCGAACACCUCGAGAGCGCUCACCAUUUCCGCACCGAGAUCACACACCCGCACGCGCGCGCGCGCGCAUACACACCAUCGAGUCAAUAGCAAGCAUGCUCAUCCAAGCUCUCGGCUGGAGCUCCUCUCCGGUUCGCCUCUCGUCCCUCCGCAACCGCAGCCGGAACCGCGCAUUAUCGCGAUUUGGAUUGCUCGACGAUAGGGGAGUGAGUGGAGUGACGGGUGCCAAUUUUGCGCGGAGCAAGAAUGCCCGAAGGACGAUUUUGGCGUGCGAGGAGGGUCGGUCGAAUGCGGAUGGGCAGAGGAAGAGAGAUGUUGUGGAGCACAUAUGUUUGCUAAAAGCUAAGGAUAACCUAACUGAGGAGGAAGAGAAGGAUAUGCUGGAUUACUUGUAUACAUCCCAAUAUCAAAUGGGUGGCAUUGUUACAAUAUCAUUAGGAACUAUUGAUGAUGAUAAUCCUGAAAGAUACACACAUGCUGUUUUUAUGCGUUUCCAGAGGAAGGGGGACCUAUUAAAGUUCUAUGAGAACCCUUUCUAUUUGGGAGUUCUUCAGAAGCAUGUGAUGCCUUACUGCCAUGAACUACUUAAUGUUGAUUAUGAGUCUGAAGUGGACGACGAUAUCCUUUCCAUAUUUAGGAAAGGAGAGGAGUUCAAUUAUGGCGAGGAAUUUGUUUUGUUGGUUGAGUUAAAGGAUGACGUGCUUGGUGAACUUGCAGAAGAUGCACUGUGUUCUCUGCAUAGAAUAGCCAUGGAGUCACCAUCUUUGAUAGUCCAAGUUUCUCAAGGGUUGAAUUUCAAUUCCACCAGUAAUAUGGAGUACACACAUGGUGUUGUGAUAAGAUUCCGUUCAAUUGAAGCCUUCAAAAAAUUUGUUGGUAGCACAGAGUACAAACAUAUCUGGAGCUCCAAAUUCCAGCCAAUCACUCUGAAAACGCUUUCUAUUCAUUUUUCAAUUGAUCCUGUGGGGACGGAACUUAUGUAGCUUGGAGUCAUCAAAAGAAAAUUCGCAGAUUCAUUCCUUAUCGUUUAAACGGUGAACUUUGAAGGCAAAUGCUCCUGUGCCAGUUUCCAAAUUACAAUUGGGUUGGAGCAAUUCCACUUCCCUAAAAGAAAGCAUCCAGGUGAGUACACUGCCUCUACCUUUUUUCUUUUAGCCCCCUAUUCUCUCCUUCAACUGGCUUCUUUGUGUCGUAUUUGUGCGAAUUCACUUGCUACUAGUUAGGCAUAUCUAUGUGUCUCCAUGUGCAUGUACCUCUGCAUGACAAUCUGGAACAACUUUGAUACUUGAAACCCAUGCUUUUCUCAAUGCUUCUCACCAUUAUAAUCCUUAUAUGUACAUCCUUUUCUGCUGCCUCAACCUCGAGCAAUGAGUGGAUUUGAUGUUCUUCUUUAUGAAGAACUGCUCUCACCGUGGGGUUUUCUGUCUCCAUUUCCAUGAUUUUAUUGAAUGAGGGUCAAGACCUGCCAACUUGGGGUCACCUUCUGAUAUCUAAUUUGUCAUAUGAGUUCUUGGUAAUUGAAAAGUCAAACCUAUCUCAUUCUACAAGAUCUUGAUGGAGAAAAUGGUGUUGCGUACACGAAUAUAUUUUUUUCCUUUUUGUCUUUUAUGCAGCUGUCUCUAAAUCCUCAUUACUCAUUGGACCCAAAUUUGAUUUAAGACCCAAUGAAUGUCUUUCAUCCAUUUGCUCGAAUAUGCAUCACGAGAGACUAAUAGAUAUUCACAGUCCAUGGCUGUUUGAUGUGAUGCCUCUCAACUUAUUCUAUUAAUUCUUCUCCACAUACUAACAAGGAAAAUUUGUCAUUUGGGGAAGUUGCAUCUGAUUGGAAGUUGCAUCUGUUCAACCUUUCCGUUCCAAUUAUUCUUUGACCAUGAAAUUUAACACCAUUAGAUACAUCCAAAUUUUUUCUUUCACCAUUAAAAUGAGCACAAUGAGCUUUGACGUACGAUAACUUUGCAAAAGCAUUGUGUCUUCUGUUCUUAGAUGAAAUUUGGAACUAGAUAAGAAGACCUUCUGGUUACUAGCGAUAUGAGAUAGUGCAGCAAACUCAUUUGCUUUGUUUUUAAGUGCUUAGAUUUGACUUUGUUAGCUGAUUGAGUACUUUAAUGGCUAACACAUGUAUGUCUAUGGCUAAAGUUGGUUAGCCAUGUGUUCUAAGUUUAGUCCACCUCUUCUCUUUCUUUGUUUCUUUUUUUUUUCCUGUUGCAAACUCCUAUGCCUUGAUCUUCAUCAUUUUUCGAUCUUUUUGCUGCCAUUAUGUUUUCGGAAGACUAUUAUUUUUGUAGGUAUUAGCGCGACAAGAAUGUCAACCACUGUUUGUGUUGGAUCAUAUGCAGCCCUUCCGUAGUAAGGACUCAGGCGGCUAGUUAUAAUCGGUUUUAACUGCAUAUAGUGCUUUGCCAUCUCCGUUUGGUGCAGUUGCAAGUUUCUAGUAAAAUACACAAACUUGCAUUCCUUUUCGAAAGUGUAUCUAUCAAACAAUAUACAUCACGCCCUGAAGAAGUAUACAAAUGCAGAGAAAAGAUAGCUAUUAUCUGCAAAACUUUGUAUGACCAACAACAUGUCUUUGAGAGAGAUCAGUUGUGAAGCGGAUUUGGUCCACCGGGAACUUCUCUCAUGGAAACGCCAUAAACUGGGUCGAUCUGAUCUUUGGUGUUGUUGUCUUCGAAGGCUUUUGUUGAGACUUGCUUUGCAAA